AUGAACUUCUUUGUUGCUAUGGUCAUACUUUCGUCAUUAACACUGGUCAAAGCUGGAAAAUGUCCCAGAAUGUGCAGCUGUGACAAUACUAAACUCACUGUUACCUGUGCAGGCAAGAAUUUAACAGAAGUUCCUCCAACUGUAGAUGAGAUAACAGUGAAGUUAGACUUGAGGAACAACAACAUGAAGAGCCUUCCUAAAGGGAGUUUUGUACAAACACCAUACCUGACCCAUUUAAACCUUCAAAGCUGUAACAUUGAAAAGGUCAAGGAGGGCGCUUUUAGGAGCCUGUCUCGUUUGGUCUCCUUAAACCUGGCCUACAACAAAAUUGACAUCUUAUAUCAGGAGUCCUUUGAUGGGCUUUCAUCCUUAAAGGAGCUGAAUCUACAUCAUAAUCGCAUAGAGGAGAUCCAACCUGGUGCCUUCACUCAGCUUGGCAUUCUCAAUAUGCUGGCACUUACUCACAAUCAACUGGUUUACAUACCCAAUAUGGCUUUUCAGGGUCUCCACAAUAUAAAGUGGCUGCGUCUUAGCCACAACUCUCUGAACAACUUGGCACCUGAAGCUUUUGCUGGUCUGUUCACGCUCACCCGCCUAAGUUUGGACUACAAUGAGCUGCUUUUCCCAACUCAGACCAUGACUAGGCUUCCUGAGGUCACUCGUCUGGACAUGAACCACAACCCUAUGAUCUACCUUGGAGAGGAGGCUGUCUCUAUGGCCAAGCUCACACACCUCUAUCUGGCCCACAUGUCUCUGCAGGACCUCUCAGACCAGGCGCUGUCCAAGGCCCCACGUGUGUCCCAUUUGGAUGUUAGUUACAAUCAGCUUCGUUACCUGGAACCACUGUUGGGACCUAAGGAGCUGGUCAGCCUCAACCUCACAGGUAACCCUGUGUUCUGUAACUGCUUCUUGCGACCAUUGAGGCAGUGGGCACAGAAGAAUGCUGUGAAGCUCUUAGGAUCAUGCACAGGGCCGGAUCACCUCACGGAUGAACCUCUGCAGAAAAUGACAGUUUUAGAUCUACGCUGUCGUAGAGGGGAGACACUCAAAGAGGAGAAUGAGAAAGAUGUCACACCUAGUCCCCAAUCAUCAAAAGCACCUCAGAAAAAAGUCCAGUGUCCUGACAACUGUGACUGCAAUGUUGACGGUCAGCAUGCUACCUGUGAGGGGAGAGGUCACACUAAAGUCCCCAAAGGUUUCCCUGCUACUACACAGUUACUUGAUCUUCGCAACAACCACUUCCACUACCUCCCUAUCAACAGCUUCAAAGCAGCCAGCAAUGUAAUUUCUCUUCAUCUUGAACUCUGCAAGAUCCAUGAGAUUGAAGGUGGUGCCUUCAGUGGAAUGAAAAAACUGCUGUAUCUCUAUCUGUCUGACAAUGAUCUCACAUCACUGGACCCCGAGGCAUUUAAAGGGGCCCCAGAGCUAACAUACCUCCACCUGGACGGGAACAGGCUGCUCCAGUUUCCUGGAACAGCUUUUGCGCAUGUGCCACAUUUGUUUGUCCUCCAUUUAGAACGUAAUGCCAUCUCAAAACUUGAACGCUCUGGCUUAUUGUCAUCUGCUGCUCCAAAUCUCAGAGAACUUUAUUUGACCAAUAACACCAUAACAGCUGUGGCUAAAGAUGCUCUUGACUCAGAACGACUUGCUAUCCUGCACAUUGACAUGAACCAGCUGAAGGAGGUACCCACCCAAGGUCUGUCAAAGGCAAGUCAGCUUGAGGAGCUCAAUCUAUCCCAUAACUUCAUCAAGUGGGUUGGACCAAACUCAUUUCAGACAGUAUCCCGAACUCUCAAGAAGCUUAAAAUGGAUGAGGCAAGCAUUGAGAAGAUGUCUACUGAUGCUCUGACAGGUCUAGGCCCAGGCCUAAGGACUCUAACUUUGAGAGGAAACCCAAUAGAGGUGCUUCCUGACUUGAGUCCCCUCACUGGUCUUGAGCUUAUAGAUCUAAAUGACAUCCCUCUUCUCUGUGACUGUGCUCAGCAUACUUUGUACAGGUGGCUUGGGAGUGUGAACUUGGCGGUCACUGCCACAUGUGCCAGUCCCCCAGAGCAGAAAGGUCAUAAAAUCAGAGAAGUCCUUCUGUUUAAGUCCUGCCCAGAAUUAAGCGAGUCUGCUUCAGCUCCGAAAUCCAAGACUGUGUCACCCAAACCUUUAAAGACAAAGAAAGGCAAAACCAGAUCACAAAAAGGAGCAACAAAGACGUUUUCUGCAGCAAAAUCUAAAGUUAAACAGAAGAAAAACUUGAAGAAGGCAAUUUCCGGGUUACUUUACGUCACUCAGUCUUGGUUCAAGAUGGCAGCAGCAAUGGAUGUUGAUACUCCAAGCGGGACUAACAGCGGGUCCAGUAAGAAACGAUUUGAGGUCAAAAAGUGGAACGCAGUAGCGCUGUGGGCCUGGGACAUCGUGGUGGAUAAUUGUGCAAUCUGCAGGAACCACAUUAUGGACCUCUGUAUAGAGUGUCAAGCUAAUCAGGCAUCUGCAACAUCUGAGGAGUGCACUGUUGCUUGGGGUGUUUGCAAUCAUGCCUUCCACUUCCAUUGCAUUUCUCGCUGGUUGAAAACCAGACAAGUUUGCCCUUUAGACAACAGAGAGUGGGAAUUUCAGAAAUAUGGACACUAGCUCCCUGCUUCUACAUCUGUUUCCCUAUCAGUCAUUAAAUGCUUGUCUUGCUCCUAUUUGUAACCUUAGGUAUUGUAAACAACCCGUUUAUUUUUCACCUGUUUUAAGUUGUGUAAUAAAAUGUUACAAGACACAUAA